CCGCAGCAUCAGCAGCGGCUCGAAGCACACAUAAGCGCGGCCACCACAGCGCUCACCCACGAGCGCAGGCGGCAGCAGGCAGGGAGGGAGCGAAGGCCAAGGCACUCACACACAGCAGUGCAAUGGCCGCCGAGGCACUCCCGCGGGCCGCCGCGCCGGCGCGCCGGCCGUCCGUGGCCGCCGCUUCCGCCUCGCGCCUCCUCCUCGGCCACCGCCCCUUCCUCGCGCCGUCCGCGUCCCGCUUCGCCGCCGGGCGCGCCGCGGUGGCCGGCCCGGCCGCCAGCCUCCGCCCGCGCCCGCGCAGGCCGCGCCUAUCGGUCGUCGCCAUGGCCGGCAAUGAUCGCCAAGUGCCUUUGGAGGAUUACCGCAAUAUUGGUAUUAUGGCUCAUAUAGAUGCUGGGAAAACAACAACUACAGAGCGCAUUCUCUAUUACACUGGAAGGAACUACAAAAUUGGUGAGGUUCAUGAGGGAACAGCCACAAUGGAUUGGAUGGAGCAAGAACAGGAGAGAGGAAUAACCAUUACAUCUGCAGCAACAACUGCCGUCUGGGACAAACAUAGAAUUAACAUUAUUGACACUCCUGGGCACGUCGAUUUCACUCUUGAGGUUGAACGUGCUCUCAGGGUGUUGGAUGGUGCUAUAUGUCUCUUUGACAGUGUUGCUGGGGUAGAGCCACAAUCUGAAACUGUGUGGCGCCAAGCAGAUAAGUACGGAGUUCCAAGAAUAUGUUUUGUAAACAAAAUGGAUCGCCUUGGAGCUAACUUCUUUAGAACUAGGGACAUGAUAGUGGCAAAUUUGGGUGCAAAACCUUUGGUGAUACAGUUGCCGAUUGGUUCAGAGGACAAUUUCCAAGGAGUUGUUGAUCUAAUAAGAAUGAAGGCUAUUGUAUGGACAGGGGAGGAACUCGGUGCACAAUUUUCAUACCAAGACAUACCUGCUGAUCUCGAAGAGUUGGCUCAAGACUAUAGACUUCAGAUGAUCGAAACUAUUGUUGAAUUGGAUGAUGAAGCUAUGGAGGGCUAUCUAGAAGGAAAGGAACCAGAUGAGGCAACUGUGAAGAGAUUAAUCAGAAAAGGAACAAUAGGUGCCAGCUUUGUCCCCAUUUUAUGUGGUUCAGCCUUCAAAAACAAGGGUGUCCAGCCAUUGCUUGAUGCUGUUGUUGAUUACUUGCCAUCACCACUUGACCUGCCACCAAUGAAGGGUACUGACCCAGAUGACCCGGAAUUGAUUCUUGAAAGACGUCCUAGUGAUGAUGAACCAUUUUCUGGGUUAGCUUUCAAGAUCAUGACUGAUCCAUAUGUGGGGUCACUAACGUUUGUCCGCAUAUACUCAGGGAAGCUGAUCGCUGGUUCAUACGUUCUCAAUUCAAACAAAGAUAAGAAGGAAAGAAUUGGAAGGCUUCUAGAGAUGCAUGCAAACAGUAAGGAGGAUAUAACAGUUGCGGUGACCGGUGACAUAGUAGCUCUUGCUGGUCUGAAAGAUACUAUUACUGGUGAAACACUCUGUGACCCAGAUAAUCUUGUAGUGCUUGAGCGUAUGGAAUUUCCCGAUCCUGUCAUUAAGGUUGCUAUUGAACCAAAGACCAAAGCUGAUGCUGAUAAAAUGGCAAAUGGACUGAUUAAGCUUGCUCAGGAAGAUCCAUCCUUCCACUUCUCUAGAGACGAGGAAACCAACCAGACUGUUAUUGAAGGAAUGGGAGAAUUACACCUUGACAUUAUUGUAGACAGAUUAAAGAGAGAGUUCAAGGUUGAGGCAAAUGUUGGAGCUCCUCAAGUCAACUACCGUGAAAGUAUUUCCAAAAUUGCAGAGAUUCAGUAUGUCCACAAAAAGCAGUCUGGUGGUUCAGGGCAGUUUGCAGAUAUUAUUGUGCGGUUUGAACCUAUGGAGGCUGGAAGUGGGUAUGAAUUCAAGAGUGAAAUAAAGGGAGGGGCAGUGCCAAAAGAAUACGUACCAGGCGUGAUGAAGGGGAUUGAAGAAAGCUUGCCCAACGGUGUCCUUGCUGGUUACCCAGUUGUGGAUCUAAGAGCAGUGCUGGUUGAUGGCUCCUACCACGAUGUUGAUUCAAGUGUCCUUGCCUUCCAAAUUGCAGCCAGGGGGGCCUUCCGUGAAGGAUUGAGGAAAGCUGGCCCACGACUCCUGGAACCUAUAAUGAGGGUUGAAGUGAUUACCCCUGAGGAGCAUUUGGGUGAUGUUAUUGGUGACUUGAACUCUAGAAGAGGACAAGUUAACAGCUUCGGAGAUAAGCCAGGUGGACUUAAGGUGGUUGAUGCUUUCGUGCCGCUGGCCGAGAUGUUCCAGUAUGUCAGCACUCUGAGGGGAAUGUCCAAGGGGCGCGCGUCGUACACAAUGCAGCUUGCCAAGUUUGACGUUGUCCCACAGCAUAUCCAGAACCAGCUUUCUGCGGCAAAAGAGGAAGCUGCUGCUUAAAUCUUCAGUAUUCGUAGAUAAUAUAUAUGAGGACGGCAGAGCAGGUGAGUAUAGGACAUCAAGGUGUAUGUAGCUUUGUAGUGUCGAACCCAGUGGGUGAUAUUAUUUGCCAUUGUUUUUGGACCUGAUAAUGUCCAUAAUUUUGCAAGCUGUUAUAAUUUCAUAAUGACCUUGUCAAGUUCUCACAAACGAGAAAACAGUUCGUUAUAAAUUUUGCCUACAUGCUUCAGUCCA